AUGCUGCUACUCCUUCUCGUUGUCGGGCUACCAUCGCUUGUCGUCUCAAAAUGCGUCCAAUGUGCUUCACCAUCACUUCGGUCGCAGUGGCAGUUGACCGGAUUUCCUCGACAACCCACAAAUCUAGCCUUUCACACAGCAUGCGGUUCGGCCUUACAAAGUGUUCCGGAUAAUAUGGUAUUGACUUCCUGUAACACGGUUUGCUUUGAAAUGGUGAUACCUGCUUAUAACAACUAUCACUUCAUACGUGGUUGUCACGACGAUUUUAUUGAAAAGGGUAAUACCGCACAGCAAGUACGCGAUGGGCCAAAAUGCUAUUAUACGAACGUAACCAGCGAAAAAAUCACCUCAAGUGAUGAUGCGACAUUGACUUUGCCAGGAGUAGCAGUCAUACGAUACGACAAACUUGACAGUGAACCUGGGUACAAAAAUAUCAAGCUGUCACGUGCGGUACUGGAAAAGGCCAAUUUUGACAAUUAUGUAAAGGAACAGCUGCAAUGCAGUAUAACACAAGAAACAAACUGCGUCAAAAGCAUCUAUUACGAUGGUACUGGCGAGGACAACAAUAAGAAUUCGUGCAGUGGAGCAUACUGUACCAGUUUUGAAGGCAAAUUGAAUGGUAGAAAAUACAUAGAACGCGGAUGUGCACCUAUAGCUCCAUUCGUAGAAAAUGUGUGUUUCUAUUUGAACACAAGCACCACCUUCGUUUCCGGUCCAGGCACUGGUGGAACAGUGUCUCGCCAAAAGCGUUCACUUGAUGCAAUUCUUGCUGGCACACAGUGCAUUUGCACAAACCCCGGGUACUGCAACACUACUGGAAGAACAUCGAUUGGUGUGUUGAUGGCCACUGUUCUUGUGACCACUGUGAUACGGUUUUUAUACUAAUGUGUUUGUUCAACAUUUGUCUUUUGGCAAAAUUGCUUAAAAGUUUGCUUUUCUAUGUAAUCCGCUUUCUCGAAUGUUGAAUAAACAUAUUUUACACUUUAUACGGG